AACAACUUCGUACCACAACAAAUCAGCAAUCUCUUGCUCUGCCGCAGUUUCACAAUACCUAAAUACAAGUAUGGAUUUCCCUUUUUCCCUCUGAAGAAUCUUCUUCCUUCUUCUUCAGACAAGGAAUCAAAACCACUGUCCUAAGUCCUAACUUCACUCUUUUCCGGCGCCGUGCUCUUCUAUUCUGUGAACAUGAAGGCCCUUUUCACCAGCUUCUCAUCUUCCGAUCACUUUUCACUCGCAAAGUCCCCAGCUUUCGUCAAAAUCACCGCUCUAUCCCUCUUAUCCCUCUCCGUCUUCUUCCUCGUUAGGCACUUCUCCGAACCCGCCACCAAUUUCUCCGCAUCCUUCUCCAACCUUACCCCCGCCGUCGCCGUCGCCGUCUCCGCCGUCACUAUCAAUACCUCUACAGACGUAACAAAUUCGUCUCAGCCCUCGGCUUCUCCGCCCCCGCUUCAGUCGGCUUCUCCUCUCCCUGUGCCCAUCAUUUCUCCGCCGCCUAGGCAGCCAAGGGAUUUCUUGGAACGGACGGGGAUUGUCGACGAGAAUGGCGCAAUGUCGUUCGACUUUAUUGUUGGGGAUUACGACGAAACCCUGUUGGAGACCGUGGUGAAUGGGAGCCGGGGAGGAGCAGAAAGUGAUGAGAUUAGAGGGUCUUGGAAGGGCAAAUUUGGGAAAUUCAGAGCUUGUGAUGAGAGUAUGAGUGGGUAUAUUCCUUGCUUGGACAAUGUGGAAGCUAUAUCCAAGUUGAAUUCGUCGGAGAAGGGAGAAAACUACGAGAGGCAUUGCCCAGAGAAGGGGAAGGGACUGGAUUGUGUUGUGCCCUGGCCCAAAGGCUAUAGAAUUCGAGUCCCUUGGCCAAAAAGCCGAGAUGAGGUUUGGGUUUCUAAUGUGCCUCACACCUCCUUGGUUGAUGACAAAGGAGGGCAAAAUUUGAUCUCAAGAAAGAAAAAUAAGUUCGUAUUUCCUCAAGGAGGUACACAGUUCCCCCAUGGUGUAGAACAAUAUUUGGAUCAGAUAUCCAAGAUGGUUCCAGAAAUUGCGUUUGGCCAAAACACACGGGUUGCCUUGGAUAUUGGUUGUGGUGUAGGAAGCUUUGGUGCCUAUUUGACAAAGCGCAAUGUACUCGCUCUGUCCAUAGCUCCAAAAGAUGCUAACAAUAACCAGAUUCAGUUUGCACUUGAACGUGGUGUGUCUGCCAUGGUUGCUGGGUUUGCAACACGUCGUUUAUUGUAUCCUAGCCAAGCAUUCGACUUGAUACAUUGUUCUGGAUGUGGAGUGAAAUGGACCCGUGAUGAGGGAAUUUUGCUUCUUGAGGUAAACAGAAUGCUUAGAGCAGGAGGAUACUUUGUUCUGGCUGAACAAUAUGUUGACAAACAAAGAAAGUUAGAAGAACAAUGGAAAGAAAUGGAGGAUCUUGCAGGUCGCCUUUGUUGGGAACUUGUGAAAAAGAAGAGCAACAUUGCAAUAUGGCGGAAACCCUUGAAUAACAGUUGUUAUUUCAACCGUGAUGCUACUGCAAAGCCUUUAUUAUGUGGCACUGACGAUGACCCAGAUGAUGUCUGGUAUGUAAAUCUGAAACCAUGCAUCUCUCUUUUACCUGAAAAUGGCUAUGGAGCUAAUAUCACAGCAUGGCCUGCUCGCCUAAACUCUCCACCGGACAGACUUUUCAGCAUCAAAAUGGAUGCUAUGUUGUCUAGAAAGGAAAUUUACAAAGCAGACACGAAGUAUAUGAAUGAUAUUAUACGCGGAUAUUCUGGUGCUUUCCACUGGAAAAAGUUGAACCUACGAAAUGUAAUGGACAUGAAAGCUGGAAAUGGGGGGUUUGCAGCAGCUUUAGUUGAUUUUGAGUUCGAUUGCUGGGUUAUGAAUGUUGUUCCUGUCAGCGGUUCCAAUACACUGCCUGUUAUCUAUGACCGUGGUCUUAUUGGCGUGAUGCAUGAUUGGUGUGAGCCCUUCGACACUUAUCCAAGAACAUAUGAUUUACUGAAUGCGAUUGGGCUUUUCUCAGUGGAGAAGACUAGAUGCAAUAUAUCGAACAUCGUGCUGGAAAUGGACCGAAUUCUGAGACCUGGAGGAAGAGUUUACAUCCGCGACCUCACACCCGUCAUCGAUGAAUUGGAAGAAAUUAUACAUGCAGUUGGAUGGGUGGUGUCCAGAUUUGAUGACAGUGAAGGCCCUCAUUCUAACUGGAAGCUUUUAACCUGUGAAAAGCGCAUGUAAAAAUGUGUGCAUUCCCAGUCCCCCCGCCGCUUAUUCUUUCCUUCUUCCAUUUGUUGUUAUUUCUAUCACUGUUUGUAGGAAAAAAAAGUAUAGAGAAGUAGGAUAGGAACCCUGAAGACACUGUAAAUGGAUUUCAUAUUCCUGCAUGUACUCCACAUUUUCACUCUACAAAUAAUGUUGGAAAUAUAGCUUCAUUUCGUUGAUUUACUAGAAA